UAUAAAUACCAUGAUAGUGGUGGAGGGGAAGAGUGAAGUACAGUGAGACAGAGAAGAGAGAGAGAGAGAGAGGAGGGGGUUGAAGAUGGAGACGAAACCAACAGAAAUCAGCAGCUCAAAGAUGUUUGGAGGAUACAACAAGAGAUACAAGCAUUUUAGCCCAACCCUCGGCUGUUCCAUGACCUUCCACAUCUAUUUUCCCCCUUCUUCUCCUUCCCGCAAACCCCCUGUACUCUACUGGCUUUCUGGCCUUACUUGUACAGACGAGAAUUUUAUAAUUAAAUCCGGUGCCCAGCACGUUGCUUCAAGUGAGGGUGUUGCCCUGAUUGCACCAGAUACAUCUCCAAGAGGCCUGAAUGUGGAAGGGGAGGCAGACAGCUGGGAUUUUGGUGUAGGUGCUGGAUUUUAUCUGAAUGCCACCCAAGAGAAGUGGAAGAACUGGCGGAUGUAUGACUAUGUUGUCAAGGAAUUGCCAAAGCUUCUUGGUGAAAACUUUCCACAGCUGGAUACAUCACGGGCAUCUAUAUUUGGUCAUUCUAUGGGUGGACAUGGAGCUCUGACAAUCUACUUGAAAAACCUGGACAAGUAUAAGUCGGUGUCAGCAUUUGCGCCUAUAGCAAAUCCUAUUAGCUGUCCUUGGGGUCAUAAAGCUUUCACAAACUAUUUGGGUGGAAAUAAAGCUGAGUGGGAGGAGUAUGAUGCAACUUGCCUGAUAGCCAAAUUCAAUGAUGUUCGUGCUACCAUUCUGAUUGAUCAAGGAGAGGAUGACAAAUUCCUCCAUGAUCAAUUGAUGCCACAUAAGUUUGAGGAGGCAUGCAGGAAGGCCAAUGUUCCCCUCCUAUUGCGAUUGCAGCCCGGUUAUGAUCACUCCUACUAUUUCAUUGCCACCUUCAUGGAUGACCAUAUCCGUCACCAUGCUCAAGCCCUUAAAGCCUGUAAUUAGAGGAAGAUUGCAUUUUAUUGGGAGUUUUAAGCACUAUUACUGAACUCUUUAUGGCCCUUUGUUCCGCACCCUGAGAAUGAUGCAAUGUUAAAACAUAUGAUCUGUUCAACAUGAGGAUGAGACUGGUUGAACUUGAAGUACUGUGAGGAUUAUGUGAUAAUAAAUACAGUUUGUUGGUAGCCCUCUAACUAUAUAUUAAGAUGCAGAUGGAUUUUGUUUGUUUUUA